CGUGCGAUGGAGCGAUUGGUGCGGCGAAGAUGUCACUCACCUGCACCGGCCGCUAAUUACCGCUCGGCAGUUGGCCGCUCACCUCUCGCCUCCACAACAGAAUCCAUUCAUUGAUGAAGCUGCGAGCGGUAUGGUGCUGGGCCGUCGUGCUGGGCCUCCUCUGGGCCCCGGUUACCUCCGACAAGCUCGCUGAGAAGACCCUGUCCCGCAAGAAGAGGUACCUCACCUUCCCCGAAGGCAGCGGACUCAGUUUGGUGUACUGUUUGACGUGGGGCACGUACCUGGCGACGGACAUUUUCACUUGGGGUGCCACCCUGGGCCUGGGAUUUCCGCUGCCCACCGACACAAAGGCCUUCCUCAGCAAACUCGACUCUUUGGAGCUGCACCGGCGGGACCGACGACAGGUUUUCAGCAAAAUCAGAAUUCUGCUCGACGAAAGGGGCAGGGACGGCCGCUCGUGCGUCCUCAAAGCCCUCUGCGAGGCGACCAGUGGACUUCCCCAGGGCUCCUUCUUGGACGCCAUCUUCAAGGCUAUUUUCACGUUUCCCAGGGCGGGUGAUGAGGAAAAGGAGGACUGGGACCACGCGCACAAAGUUUCGCAUAAAAACAGCACGUCGUGCAGCGAUGCCUAUCCAGACUGCGACGUUUCCUUCUUUAAUCGAGACUUCGGAACCUGAUAUUGUGAUAUUACGAUGCCAUGAAAAACUAAUUUAUACUUGCUAAUGUUUGUUACUUUUGUUGACCCUACGUCGGAAAUAAAAAUUCAAACUGCCUUAAA